AUGGCGAACAUCUCAGCGAUGGGUGGUCACUUUGCAGGUGUGGUCCUUUCAACAAUACUCUACGGGAUCACGAUGGCCCAGAUAUUCUCAUAUUUUCGAGCAUUUUCGUCCGAUCCACGCCUCAUGAAGUUCAUCGUUUUACUUCUGUUCCUUUUCGACACGACUCAAGUCUCUUUGGUUGUUGCCUCAAUUUACUCAUAUACAAUUGGAUGGAGAGGAGAUCAUCUGAAGCUGCAAUAUGUCUCUCAGCCUUUCAUCGUGAGCUCUGCCAUCCGAAUGUCGCGUAUUGGAAUCUUGACCAAUCUCUUGAAGGCAUCGAUGGGUGUAACAUGUGUGGUUGCGUUUACUGUCCAAAUGAUAUAUGCAUAUCGAGUUUGGCGUCUGAGUGGAGGCAACGUAUAUCUCUCGGCGACAAUCGUCUCUUUGGCACUGGUUGCUUUGGGGAGCGCAGCUGCGAUGAUCGCUAAAACGCUUCGCAAUCCGCGAUGGGACGAGGCAAGGGUUAGCACGCUGCCCGCCGGAAUCAUUCUCGCCUCCACCGUUACUUGCGAUCUGUUGAUUGCUUUGGCUCAAGUAUGGCUGUUUCACAGAGAUCGCCUUGCAACGCUCGAUCGCGCGAAACGUUUCACGAUCCCAUUUCCGUUGCGCCGAAGCAUCUCGACGACAUCGAUAUCUUCGCCCACAACCACUGAAGCAGGAUGCUCACCACCACCACUUCAAGGCCCAUUGGAUCGCGAUAAAGCCGCAGCCGAUGACAACGACGGUCGUCGACUAGGUUCAUUGCUUACAACUCUGACGAUUCUGGUCAUUAACGUGGGUCUACUAACGAGUCUUGAUGCGUGUCUUUUCUUCGCCCUGUUUCUCGCAUGUCCACAAACGGGACUGUACCUCGUACCAUACAUCCUCCUGAGUAACUGCUACGUCAACUCUUUCCUCAGCCUACUCAAUUCGCGCCGCCUCUUGCGCAAUCUUGUGGAGAAUCCAGACCACUUCAAUCUUGCGCUUGAAGCGGGCUAG